ACUGACAACACAUUAUUCCGAGUUGCAGGAUUCAGAACACAACUUCUCAAUUCGUCCUACGCACGAUCUAUUACAAACCUCGCCAAGUCUUACUUCCACCCUAAACGAAAUGGGCGUUCCGGUUUCUCUUCCUGGGUGUUAGCUACCAUGCCGGUACUCAAUUCUGUUCAUUCUCAGGUGCCGUUGUGGCGUUUGACACUCAAGGCUUUCCAAGGAAUUCCCUAGAAUCAGCCUUUGAAUCCCGCAUCUCCGAACCAUCGACCACAGUUGAUCGGACCCAGCUACCGUGACCAACUCAUCGCUGGCAUUUGGGGCAAUGGGUAUGGUAACACUGUCUUGUAAAAGGUGAAGACGGGUAUGAUAGUUCUGUAGUGUACCUCGAGAGACAACUUGACGACUUCCAACCUCAAGAUUGCAUCUUCGAGAUAUUCGGCUAACUAUUCAGCUUGAUUGCGACACUAAGGAACUCGCAUGGUACCGCAAUGACCAAGUCUGAUUUAGCGCAAAAUUAUGGACCUGGUUAUCCCCAUGGGCUUGAUGUAUGGUGUUGUUUUCAUGAUUCCAGUCCGUCAAACACAUCAACACCAGCCAUCAUUAACACAGCACGCUUGGUGUAUUAUCAUACGCUAGGUCCGACGCAUCUACAACUCUCUGGAUAUGGCCGCGCGAAUUUGGCUGAUGUUCGGCUUUGCCUCGGGAGAUUCUAACUUUGUCUGGGAUGCCGACAAGACACUGCAGCAAGCCGUAAUGGCCACCCUGGGGCCACCAUCAGCACCACAGUACCGAUAUGUCAUCAGUCUAGGCAACACCGACUACCAGACCAACCCAAUGCACGAUCCAUAAGUUGCAGUAGAAACAAUGCCCAAGUUUCUGGGCAUCAUCGACAAGACGAAGAUGGAGGACCAACGAAAGCUACAUAACGAUGAAAUGCUGUGGCCUGGCCAUGUUCGCAAGGUGCGAGGGGUUGACCCCAGAGCCGGCACACAGCUGCUGUAUCCCCAGGAAGUACCGCCCCAUACUCAAAUGUGGGGUGACAGGAUCAUUAUUGUGUCAAGACAGGUCGACGGUUUCAAGUUCUGGAAAGCUCGCCUUCUAAUCUUGGAAGAGACAUUCAAAUGCACAGCACCACGGACUAUUUGCGGCUUUCGGUUUGACAAGCGAAACAAACGCGAAUACUUUACCUUUUGGUUUGCCGGUCUAAGCCCCGUCUUCGUAACCAUCGGGCUGAUCUUCGCCAUUGGAGCUUUCAUCGCAAGGAUCUUGCAAUUGAACGCAGCUCAGGAGGCCAACAGGUUUGCGAGUAUUGCUGCUGUGUCGACAGACUCCGCUGCUGGUACCCAAUAUCUCAGCGGGCAGGUGGAUUGCUGUUGUCUAACUAUGGCAUACAACAACGAGACUUCAACGGCCGUCGUACUGGAUGCUGGUCGAGAAACGUCUUCACUAGUGCAGGCCACCAUCCCCUCAGCAUCCCCAGGUAGUCCCCAUGAAAAGAUUCUGAGCAUCAAAUCUACGAUUUCUAUCAUAUGCAUCAGCUCCACGGCCGCUGAGCCAACCGUGACAACUCUCCUUUCGGCGGAUCAACCCAAAACAUCAACUACCUGUAGUCUCCCUUGA